AUGACGGGUCUUCCAGUUCGGCUCGCUGCGUAAGUCGGAAGUUGGAGCUAACGUCUUGCGGGCCACCGGAGGAAGAUGGCGGUGGAGUCGCGUGUCACCCAGGAGGAAAUUAAGGAACCAGAAAAGCCAACUGACUGGGAGAAGACGUGCCCUCUGCUGCUCUGCGUCUUCACCACCAACAACGGGCGCCACCACUGCAUGGAUGAGUUCUCUCGCGGGAACAUGCCUUCUAGCGAGUUGCAGAUCUACACCUGGAUGGAUGCCACCUUGAAAGAGCUGACUAGUUUAGUAAAAGAAGUCUACCCAGAAGCCAGGAAGAAGGGCAUGAACUUCAAUUUUGCAAUUGUUUUUACGGGUAUUAAAAGACCUGGCUAUCGAGUAAAGGAGAUUGGCAGCUCCAUGUCUGGGAGAAAGGGGACUGAUGAUUCCAUGACCCUGCAGUCGCAGAAAUUUCAGAUAGGAGAUUAUCUGGACAUAGCAAUCACCCCUCCGAAUCGGGCACCGCCUCCUUCAGGGGGUAUGAGGCCAUAUUAA